AUGGCGGAGGCGCAUAUGCCAUCCCGCGCCGCGCCGCAUCCGCGACGACCACCCCCGGUGGUAAUUGUCGUGGGUCACGACAUCGAUGCCUCCGCUAUGCCCCUCACGUAUGAGCGAAACCGGUUUCUGAUAGACAUGCUGCGCCACUACGCCUGCCCCGCCUUUCUUCAGAGGGCAGUCGGUGAUGCCACGGAUGCGGCCUCAAGCGAUGUGUUUGAAUGGGUGUCCGACCCCCUUCCCGUGGUAGGUGUGGAGGAGAUGGCGGCAUUUCAUGACGAGGCAUACCUACGGUAUUUAGCUAUCCGCGAGACCUUGUCAGAGUUGGAUGAGCGGGCCGCAUCUUCUAAGCGUUUGAGGGCGGGGGAAAUUCAGCCCCCCGUUUCAAGAAAAACUUUUGCACAGCUUAGACCCUUGCCGCGUAUGCUGCCUGAUCUCGUGCCUAUUUCAACAGAUGAGGAAUAUGGCCUUACCGACGACAACGCCCCUUUUGUAGGCAUGUGGAGAACUAUUCAAUCCACAGUGUCAGGUACUCUUUUAGCUGCUCGUUUGUUGGCUCACUCCAGCCUUUUUGCCGCGAUUCACUGGUUUGGUGGGAGAAAUCAUGCCAAACAACGUACUGCGGGGGGAUUUUGCUUUGUAAAUGAUGUGGUUCUUGGGGUUAUGGAGCUGCAAAAGUCACUUGCUCCAGCUAGGAAUCGUAUUCUUGUGGUGGACGUGGAUGCACAUCAUGGCGACGGCACACAAGCGGCGUUUGUGCACGAUAAUUCCGUCUUGACCUUAUCCAUGCACGCACACGGAGUUGGGAUUUUUCCUGGAACGGGCGGACUCGAGGAGAUUGGUGCUGGGCUUGGGCGUGGCUUCACGAUGAACAUUCCAUUGCCAGCAGGUGCCACAGAUGCCAUUGCCGUGCCAUUGGCUCAUCGAGCUAUUUAUGCAGCGUUUAAAAAGCUGGGUGUGUCUCUGGGUGCGGUUGUUAUUGUUUGUGGUUCAGACGCUCUUAGCGGGGAUCCGCUGGGCGCUCUCAAUCUCACGAUUGGUGGAAUGCAAAGUAUUAUUCGAACGCUGCUCCAGGAGGCGGCCAACCGCUUCCUCAAGGUUCUUCUCCUUGGUGGGGGCGGCUACGUGGAUGCGAGUUGUGCCCGUCUUGCGGGAGUAAUCACGAGGGAUGUGCUCAGCUGUGCGGCGGCACUGCGCGUGGGCAAUAAAGACUACUUUGAGGACUCGACCAAUCUAUUGAUUAAUCUCAGCGUGGCUGUCCCUGAAACUUGUGAGAACUUUGCUCGCUACGGGCCGUCGUUCCUCAUGCAUGGUCUUCCGCCUGCUCACGUGCGCAGAAUACAUCACAUACCGUGCGACUCCCCUCUGUUUAGGCGUAUGCAGCGGGUGGCGGAAAAGAAGGCCUUGCGGUGUCGCAGAAGGGACGAGGAGGAGGAAGAAGAAGAGGAAGAGGAAGAGGAAGAGGAGGAGAAGAGGAAGAGGAAGAGGAAGAGGAGAGGAGGAAGAGGAAGAGGAAGAGGAAGAGGAGGAUGA